GUUCAGAAUGUUUUGUGGCUUGUCGAGAAUUCCGAUCCUCACGAGGCAUUGAGCCUGGACGACUUGCACACUCUGCACGGUGGUACAGGAGGGGUACAUUUACUUGGAGAGUUGAAGACGAUUCUCGCUGAUCUUGGACGUCAGGCACAGGACGAUUUGGAAACACAGGUCUCUGAGUUCCCUCGAUGGCGUGCUCUCACCCAUUUCACUACUGUCAUCCAUAUCACCUUUAGUGAUGGCAACAAGAGGCGGGACUUGGUCAAGCAAGUGUUUUAUGCGGCACUCAGUGUUUUAAAGUGCCAAGUCAGUUCAGAAGGCUACCGCCUUCUUCAUGUCAUUCGCAGUUACCUGCAAUUGGAUAGUUUGAUCGGGCUCGAUGUCCAUACAGAACGGACACUUGAAAUGAUAGACGCUGAAUUCCUCGUCUAUGAUGCUGCACUCAAGGUAUUUUGUCUUUCUUUUCAUUGA